CAAAACUAGGUAAUUGGCAGUUUGGCAUCAAUUAUGCUCUUAGUAGAACAUAAGCCUCUCAUCAUACUGCAACCAAAAAUAAUAAUAAUAAUAAUAAAAAACAAAGACACCGCCAAAGCCAGCAAAUCAUCGAUGAGAAUCAUCCUUAAUUCCACAGCUAGAGUUUUCAUUUGGUAAACAAAUUCGAUAUCUUCCACAUGUCAUCAACCCAUAUAAUAACAUAAUGAAAAACCAAGGAGAUAAGGUAAAAAUUCCUCAGACACAAACUAAAAACAACAUAUAAAAAACUAUCAGAAAGCAAUCAAAUCAGUCACUAGCAAAUGCCUAAAGCAAUGACCUAUGUUGAUUAUUUAUUUAUUUAUUUUUUGUUGAACGAAAUGACCUAUGUUGAUUGAUCAGGACAAGGACAGCCUUCGUUUAUUACAAUGUCAAAUCAACAAAGUUCAAAAAACUGUACAGUAAGUAACUCACUAAGCAGCCAAAACAUGUCCACAACAAAGACAAAGGAGGAAUAUACUAUGCAGAUCAAAGCUUAUUACUCGACAUAUAUAACAAUACUAGUUAUAGAUACCUUUGAUCCCGAGACAUCUGAUAUAUAUACAUGUGUUUUCAACCAAGUUUGGGCAGAGAGGGAAUGGAGCUGAGUAUGAUGUUGCAGAUGCUCUUGGCACUGGUAUUGGUUCUUGUAGUUUCAGUCAUCUUCUUGAUGCGUUCAUGGACCUCUCCCAAAGAAAUGGAGGUAAUCCCGGGUAGCCUUGGAUUGCCUGUUGUUGGGGAGAGUCUUUCAUUCUUGUCUGAAUUUUCAAGCCCUUCCGGUAUUUACAACUUCAUGAAGGAGAGGCAACAGAGGUAUGGAAAGGUGUUUAAGAGUUUUGUGUUGGGGAGAUAUACCGUCUUCAUGACUGGGAGAGAAGCAAGCAAGAUUUUGUUGACAGGCAAAGAUGGGGUGGUGAGCUUGAACCUGUUCUAUACUGGGAAGCAGGUGCUAGGCCCGACAAGCUUGCUCCAACAGAGUGGGGAAGCACACAAGCGGCUUCGCAGGCUGAUAGCCGAGCCCCUGUCAAUGGAUGGCCUAAAGAAGUACUUCCAAUUUAUGAACGCUUUGGCCACUGAAACUUUGGACACAUGGCCUGGCAGAAAAGUCUUGGUUCUCGAGGAGGCUUCAACAUUCACACUCAAGGUCAUAGGCAACAUGAUUAUGAGCUUAGAGCCCCAUGGUGAAGAGCAAGAGAAAUUCCGUGCCAACUUCAAAAUCAUUUCUUCUUGUUUUGCUUCGUUGCCAAUUAAAGUUCCAGGGACUGCUUUUCAUCGCGGUAUCAAGGCUCGGGAUAGGAUGUAUGAAAUGUUGGACUCGACCAUUUCCAAGCGGAGGAGUGGAGAAGGCUUCCAACAAGAUUUCCUAGAAUCACUGAUAAAGAAGCAUAGCACAGACGGUGCUGAAGGAAGCGAUGACGACAAUAAACUCACAGAUAAACAGUUGAAGGACAACAUACUAACCCUUCUAGUUGCAGGUCAUGAUACCACAACUGCUGCUCUCACAUGGCUCAUUAAAUUCCUUGGAGAAAAUCCUGCUGUUUUGGACCGUCUUAGGGAGGAGCACAUGGAAAUUUGCGAAAUCAGAAAUGGUGGAUCAAGUCUCACCUGGUCCGAAGUCAACAACAUGCCUUACACUGCCAAAGUGAUCAAUGAAACUCUUCGCAUAGCCACAAUCCUACCUUGGUUUUCAAGAAAAGCUGCUCAGGACUUUGAGAUAGAUGGAUACAAAAUCAAGAAAGGUUGGUCUAUCAACUUGGAUGUAGUUUCCAUUCACCACGACCCGGAAGUUUUCCCUGACCCCGAAAAGUUCAACCCCUCCAGAUUUGAUGAACCUUUAAAACCUUUCAGCUUUCUUGGGUUUGGUAGCGGACCACGUAUGUGUCCCGGAAUCAACCUUGCCAAGCUUGAAAUUUCGGUCUUCAUUCAUCACCUGGUCUGCAGAUACAAGUGGAGAGCUCUGGAAAAAGAUGACUCCGUCUGCCCAACGCUUGUCAGGAUGCCAGGGAACAAGUAUCCAAUUGUGGUUGAGCCUCUGUAGAAUCCUAAAGCAUGCCUGCAGAUGAGAAAGGAUGCAGAAAGCAGAGUAUAUCCAGAAGGGGAAAUUGAAGUGGAAGAAAAAGAAAGAAAGAAAGAAAGAAAGAAAGAAAAAGAAAGAAGAAGUAAACAAAUAACUUUUUAAGACAUUGUACUAAAAACUCUCAAGAAAAUGAUUGAGAAGAUAAUUAGUAGUUUCAAUAAUGAGUAAACUAUUGUAAUACAAAGAAUAAUUGUGGUACUCUUUACCUACAUCCAGUUAAAUAUGACACAGUUGGAUUUUCGA